AUGACCGUGCAACGGCCCAGACUGUGGAGUAGAUACCUUGGGCCAAAGAUCGUGGUUCCUAUGGGCUUCCCGCCGGGCUUGUGGAUAGCGCCCUAUUGCCCCACGUUACCAUCUACCGCUCCCAGGGCAAUAUCGCCCUGCUUCUUCAAGCCAUCUUGCAAAGAAAAGCCAUGGCUUGCUCUGAUGGUUCAGAGAAUUGCGCUUGCCCGCCACAAAGUGGCUCGCUCUUCACUACUGAUGGAGAUCCAUCUAGACUAUGAGCGCUGGAAGACUCCAGUGACUGCUGAACCCAUUCUCCGCAAGGCUGUUGAACCAUUCUGCAUUGAUAGUAUAUAUGAACAGGAGAUGUGGCUGAGGGAGCUUCUGACUGGUUCCUUAGACCGUCCUCUCAUUAGCCUGCUAGUGUUUUCUAUGCCCCGACUAGAGAAAUUGGAGCUCGAGCUGCCUGGGCAUCUUUUGUCUGAGCUGAGUAGCUUACCAGUCUGCUCGAGCAGUUUCUUGGCAGUAUAACAUUUCCCCUGGUAGUAGUGACCAUGACGAAGAAGAUAUGGCUCCUAUUAUUCUCCGACGCCUCACCUCCGUGCAUUUGUACUGGCCUGAUGAGGCCCAGAUAUCUGUCAACCUAGCCUUCUCAUUGUUCCAACUACCUUCAAUCCGCCCAUUUCUCCGCAGCAGAUUUCCUCAGCACCGCAAUCGGAUGGAGGUACCAGAAUAAAUCCCCGGUAGCCGAUAUAUACAACUGGUGUACUGCCAACUAGCGGAUGGGACAAAAGCAGAUGAUCGAAAAUUGCACGAGCCUUCAGUUGUUAUUCAUACACCUCCAUUUAGAAGGGGACAGACAUACUUAAGCGUGAUGAUGACUCUGGCGAAAUGAUUAAUCCCACCCCUAGAAGCUCCUGAGGCUCCCCCUUUUCAG